AUGUCUACAGUCAAUGCUGAUUUUCUAGCUACCGUGCAAGAAAACGCCAAUGUUAUCGCCUUAACUACUGUUGUGGCCAUUUUUGUAUCUGCCUUUCUAUGGGCAUCUUGUAAAGGAUCUAAUGGCAGCAAGAAAUCAGCCGGAGGCAAAAAACCUGCUCAAAGCAAAAAACCAGCUGAAAUGACACUGGAAGCUCAGAUUGAAAACGUGCGCUUGAGAUAUGUCAAUGAGUUUCAAACGAGAAUUGCGAGCUUAAAAAAACAUUUUGAUGGACGCGAUGAGAAGAAUGUUUAUGAACGUAAUUAUUGUAAUGAAAUGCUGCUGAAAUUGAUGAUCCAGUUGGACGGUAUUGACCUAGUUGAUGUAGAACAACCAAGAAAGGGAGAACUAAAAUUGAAGAGAAAAGAGGUCAUCAGGUUGAUCCAAGGCGAAUUGAAAGUGCUUGAUGAAUUGAGUUGA